AUGGAAUCCUCUGAAAAUCUUAAAAACUACUAUAGCGGAGAUGGAUUUAUGUCGAGCAAUCGUAAGGAUGAGAAUGAAAUCAAUUUCAUAUUCCUUGUUCAUAUGCCAGAAAAUAUUGAUACAAUUGGUCAACCCGUAGUUCUUGGUGACGGGCAAGAAUUAGAAUCUUUGGAGCAACCCAAUAUAAAACUUCAUCUGCCACUUCCUCAAAAUCCUACAUAUUGCGAUCUGACGAUCUGA